UAUUUUUAUAUGUUUAUUUUUAUCUAUUCGAACAAACUCUUUUUUCUCUCCUAUUAUCUCCAAUUUUUUCUACAUGAUUGUAAUCAAAAGCUACCUUAUAACCAUGGGAUUCAGCCGAUUGAAUUGGAAGCAUUUCUUUGGCUAAACUUGGUUAAAGCUCAAAAUAUGGAGAUGGAAAGUAAUUCUAUGGUAGAUGUACCGUUAAAGAAAGACAUAAAAGUGUCUUCUAGUGAUAAUGAGAAAGUAGACGAACAUGGUGUCAGUGGAGUUUUAUUAAAUGGGGAUGGGGAAGUAGAAACACCAAAGAUUGGGAUGGUUUUUGCCUCUCAAGAAGAAGUUCGUGAUUAUUAUAAUAGGUAUGCCCAGCGUGUAGGCUUUGGAAUAAUGCGACGAAGUUCAAGGUGUGAUGAUGAUGGGCGAUUGACAUAUAUUGUACUUUCAUGCUCGCAAUGUGGUAAGGACCGAGGAAUUCCAAAGAGUAGGUUCCAAUGGAAGCAGACUUCUAAAACGAAUUGCAAAGCGAAGAUUAAUCUUGUACUGAAUCCUCAAGGACAGUUCCAUAUAUGUAAUGUUGUUCUUGAUCAUAAUCAUGAACUGACUCCAGGACAGUUACACCCAAACAUCUGUAAAAAGAGUAAACCCUUUCGAACGAGAAAGGGACGUGAGGGAAAAGAACAGGCUGGAAUGAUGUUGCAUCCAGAUUUUCGGUCAAUUUUUGGUGAACCUCUGGGCAGUGAGACUGCAUCACCAGAUUCUGUAAUGCAACGACCCAGCUUUUCAAAUCAUUUGCUGAAUGGUGACAAGCAUCUUCUUUGUUCUUACACUGGCCUCCCCACAGGGGAAAUCAUAUCCAAUCGUCUCAAGAGGAGAAGCCCAGCCCUUGAAGGUUCCCAAAAUUCCCAAGACUACUUAAGGCAUGCCCUUGCCAAAAGGGCUGUGGCACUUGUUAAAUCUGGAAUGGUGAUUGGACUAGGCACUGGAAGAACCUUAACCCUUGUCAUUGAGGAGAUUGGAAAACUAAUUCAAGAAGGAAAGUUGAAAGACAUUGUUGCAGUGGGUACAAACUACCAGUCACGCAUUACAGCUCGACAAUAUGGCAUGACAACUGUUGAUCUGAAUGAUGUGAAUGACAUUGACAUUGCAUUUGAUGUGGUGGAUGAAGUCGAUAUCAACAAAAACCUAUUGAAGUGCAGGGGAGCUAAUCAUACUGUGCAGAAGGUGAUUGAUUCAAUGGCAAAAGUGUGUAUUCUAUUGGUUGAACAUACAAAGGUUGUUCACCGGCUUGGUAACAAUAUUCCAGUAGCGGUGGAAGUUCUCCCUAUUGCCGUGUCACCUGUUUUAAGGCGCCUCAUUGCUCUUGGAGGAGUUCCUGAAAUUCGUUCUGCUUCGAGAAAGGAUGGCUCGGUAAUCACAGAUCUUGGGAAUAUGGUCGUAGAUGUUAGCUUCCCAAGUGGAAUACAGAAUCCUGCUGACCUUGAGAAGAACAUUAACAUGAUACCUGGUGUAGUUGAUAAUGGCAUUUUUUCUUCGGUUGCGACAAUAGUGCUAGUUGUUGUCAGAGACAGAGUUAAUCUGGUGGGUAUGCAAGCAUACUCAUCUGGGUACAUAACCGCAGGACAAAUCACAGAUAGAGAGGGGGGGGUCCUUGUGCUAAAAUCUAGUGGCUAUGAUGGCAUACUGUCAUAUUUUUUUCAACUGGUUAGCUUCGUAAGCUGCAAAGCCACUUAUGUUCAUUUCUUUAUGGCUGGGUUAAUCAGAAAUCAGAAAGUUCGCUUAGUAUUGUGCUCUCUCCACGUUAUCAUUCAGGAUUGGAUUUGUAAGAUGUAUAAAAUUGGCUUGAGGACACUUUGAUCCGAGAACCAGAGAGUUGCAUGAACAAAUUAGAAACUGAUGGCAGCCAUACCUCGCACUCAAAUCUCUAAAACAUCCUGUAUUUCUA